AUGGUGAUCUAUUUGCCCAUUUCAGUAUUCAGAAAGUGGAUAUGUAGCUUACUGAGAAUUUUGUUUAGAAACUUUCACGAGGACUACACAUUAGUUAGCACUUCCACUGGACUUGACGUCCCUUUUAAAAUCGAUGGGGUUUUCCGAGGGCCAGAGACCAAUCUAAAAAGUAGUUUGAUUACUGAUGAAGAAAUUAGAGAAAGAGAAGAAGGUAUGCCUUUGGUCAAGAAAGAGGAAGAUAAAUGUCCCUUGCUUGCACAAAGUUAUGAAAGUAGUUCAUGGAAAAUUGCCAAGUGUGGCUUGUACCUCACUCCAACAUGGUUUGCACAAGAGUAUUUUUCAAACAUGGCACUUGCAAAUACCAGUGUUGCAAGUAUAGCGGUUCUGAGUUCCAUGUCAGGUCUCUUUGCCCUUUUCUUUGGAGCCAUUCUUGGACAGGACUCAGUAAAUAUAACCAAAAUAGCAGCUGUUUUAAUCAGCAUGGCUGGUGUUUCCAUGACAACUGUUGGGAAAACUUCGGCAGCAGAUGAGAAUAUUAGCAUGUAA